UAUUAUCAUUGUAAGUGUGAUUUUUACUAAAAAGCUUACAAAACGAUUCUUUUUAUAAAUUGUUUUCUAAAAAUUAUCAAUUGAAAAAAAUCCAUUGUUGUUUAUGAAUUGUUAAUAUACUUGAUAUUAUGUGAGGCUUGUUGUCAAAAAUUCGAACUAGAUUUCAUAUGUCGCAAUAUUAUUGAUCUAAAAAACUAGUAUAUUGAUAAGGAAUAUCAAAUUUAAUUUAAACUGAUAUUCAAUACCCCAACAGUGCCCCAAAUGUUCACCUAUAGUAAAAAUGUUUAAUUAGAAAGUUUUCAAGAAUCUAAAAUUUAAGAUCAACAUUUGUCAAGAAAUGAUAAACAAUUCAAUUUGAAUAUGAAUAUGAAUAUAGUAUAGUUAUGCAGGUAUUGCAAUAGAAUAACCUAUUAUGGUUUAUUUCAGCAUAUCAAUUAAAGAAACAGAAAAAAAUUAUGACAAAAAGAAAAAUACCUGAAGAAAAAUCUUAUGAUACAACCAAAAAUUCUAAACUAAAUACAAGGAGCGGUUAUAAUGUGAUGCAUGAACACAAUUAUUUUUAUGAUUAUGAAAAAAAAAAAUGCCGAUGGCCGGAUGAAAUUGAAAAAUCAAAUCAUACUGAAAUGAAAAUAAUUAAUGAUUAUAAUAAUUAUGAUUCUAUACCAGAUUGGUAUAUGGCCAGAAGUUCAAGUGAUGAAGAGGAUGAUACUGAAGAUAUGCCUCUUUCUUAUAUAUUAAAAAAAGAACUUAAAAAAGACUUACUACUACAUGAGUAUGAGAAUAAGAAAUGCACAAAUGAUUUGUUACCAUUUAAUGAAGACCAAAUGUAUAAGGAAUUAAAUAAUACAAAUAAUCAUGAUUUGUUAAAUAUUUCUAAUGGUUCAAGUAAUAUAUUAGGUGAAAAUCAUUUAAUCAAUGAUGGAAAACAAAGUAAAAUAAUGCAAAUAGUUCCAUUAGCUAAUGAUGCAACCGUUAUACAAAAUCAAAAUAUUUUAAAUGACACAGAAGUUCAAACAUGUAAUCAGCCACGUAUGAAAUUUAUGGUUAAAAAAACUUUUAAGCAUAAUGAUCUAUUAUCAAAUACUCCAAUGAAUAUAAGAAGAAUAAAUUUAAAUGAUGAUAAUUUGCAAAAUUAUUUAUUGAGCUCAUCAUCAUUACAUUUAAGCAAUUCACUGUUAGUGAGAAAAGCAUGUCCUUCCUAUAAUAAUACUGAAUUCACAACAACAGAUACAUCUACAAAAAAUGUGUGUCCACCAUUACAUUGGAUUCAUUUAAUAUAUUUAGCUAUAAAAAAUUCUGCUACAGAGAAUGUAACAUGUUAUGAUAUACAACGUUCAGUCAGAUGUUGGUUCCCCUAUUAUUGUGUUAGAUCAUAUGUCAAAUUUAUUCAUAUAAUAUUAAGUCAUAUAAAUCAUAACUGUCAAAAAUAUUUCCAUUGUAAUUCAUUUACAUCUACGAUUCACAAAGAUGAUUCAUGGACAAUUAAUAGUAUCUAUAUAAAUACUUUGGAAGAAAGUUUGAUGAAAAUUGUUGAAAAUAAUGAGAAUGAAAUAAAAUCAGCAAUGGCCCAUCCUGAUCAGUUAUCAACAAUAUUAAAUGGAUAUGGUGUACUUUAUUUGGGAUGUAGCCAAGAUUCUAUUAAAAACUAGAUAUUUGGAUAUGAAAGUAAUUAAAAUUACAACUGAAUAAACAAAGAUUUCAUAUGAUUACAAUCCAGAAGCUACAACUAAAUGUUCAAUAAAACAGUAUUUAAAUUAAUAUUAAUUAAAAAAGUUUUUUAAAUAUAUUAAAUGUAUAAUAUAGUACAAAAUGUACGACUA